UCGUAUAUAUUACGAAUCUCGCGGCAAUUAAUUUCUAAAAGGUUUCACUGCGAAGAGAGAAGAUGCGGGAUCUACUUGCUUACACUUUCGCCGUGUUGUGCUUUGUUUCCGGCAGUAUCGGAAGAAAGGGGUUCGGUCCUGGAGAACAAGAAUGGGAUUACGUGCAAGUACGCCCCAAAGCGUAUAUGUUCUGGUGGCUCUACUAUACUACGGCAGACACCAAUGCAAUUUAUGAUAAGCCGUUAAUCAUCUGGUUGCAAGGUGGACCAGGCGGAUCUUCGACGAGUUUCGGAAAUUUCGAGGAAUUGGGACCCCUCGAUGUGAAUCUGCAAUAUAGGAAUUAUACUUGGGUCAAAGACUAUAAUGUUCUCUUCAUCGACAAUCCUGUUGGUACCGGCUACAGUUACGUUACAACCACGACGGCGUUUGCGACGACGAACACGCAAAUUGCAACGGAUCUUGUAGAAUGUAUGCGAGGAUUUUACAAGAAAUUACCGGUAUUCGAGGAUGUCCCGACGUAUAUCACAACCGAGUCGUACGGCGGAAAGAUGGGCGCGGAGUUUGCGUUAAUCUGGGACUUAGCGCAGAAAGCUGGCACUAUUAAAAGUAAUUUAAAAGGAGUCGCACUCGGGGACGCUUGGAUCUCACCUGUCGACUCUGUACUGACGUGGGCACCAUUUCUACUCAGCACGGGUAUGAUUGACACGGAAGGUUUCCAAAGAAUUGACAAAGCGGCACAAAUAACGAAAAAUGCAGUCUAUUAUGAAGAAUGGACUAGAGCGACUCAAGAGUGGGCCAGAACGCAAGGGGUUGUUUUGGAAGAAACUUAUAAUGUCGACUUUUACAAUAUUCUUUCAAAAAUGAAUCCGAAUUCGUAUGAUUCGUUGACAUGGAAUGCAAUGGUCUCACUUACAGGUAUUACCCAUUGCAGGUAUCCAUAUUUUGAUUCACAUCAGUCUGAGAACUCUUUCUCACUCGAUGCUUUGAUGAAUGGACCGGUAAAGAAAGCGCUUGGUAUCCAAGUCGUUCACGGCAGCCAAUCCAAUGCCGUUUUCAAGUACUUAAAUGAAGAUUUUAUGAAGCCCGUUAUUCACAUAGUGGAAAGGUUACUUAAUGAAACCGACUUGAACGUAUUUGUGUACAAUGGACACAUGGAUUUAAUUGUCGAUACGCCGGGCACUCUUCUCUGGGUCGAAAAACUGAAAUGGAAAAAUGCUGACACCUGGAAAAACUCAGCUAGGCGUCCGCUCCUCGUUGACGACAUCGUCGAGGGCUAUAUCAAGGCUAAAGAUAACUUCAGGAUGUAUUGGGUCAACAGAGCCGGACAUAUGGUACCGAAGGACAACCCAACAGCCCAGAAAAUAAUAUUACAAGAUUUGACGAGCAACGCAUAAAGUGAAAAAAUAGACAACCUGGCGCUUUCAUUUUAUAUUUAAAUGAAUGUAAUUUAUAUAAUUUUAUUCAAUUUUCUGUAUAAAAUUUUUAAGGAAGAGAUGAAAUUAAUCAUCAUUAUGUUUAUCCAUUCAUUUAGAAAAUGGAUAUCGAUCACAUUAUCAUAACCAUAGUAAAUUAAAUUAAAUAAAUCGUACAAUCUAUUAUA